GGUCGCCUGUGACUCCUGACGGAUAUGAAGACCCUGGUCAUCGCUGUUGCCUUCGUGGCGUAUGUCGCUGUCAGUGUCAGUGGUGAUCCUGAAGCUGAUGCUGAGCCCAGCCGCUAUGGAGGUGGCUUUGGAGGCCAUGGGCUCGUGUCCUACAGACCCGUGUACAGCGGCUACGGAUACAGACGCUGGAAGAGGAGUGCUGAGGCUGAGCCUGUAGCUGAGGCUGAGCCUGUAGUUGAGGCUGAGGCUGAGCCCGAAGCUGAUCCUUCCCGCUUCGGAUAUGGGUAUGGACACGUGUCCUACAGGCCCGUGUACAGCAGCUAUGGUUACGGACGCUGGAAGAGGAGUGCUGAGGCUGAGCCCGGAUUCAGCUUCGGUCGCGGCUUCGGAGGUCACGGUCGCUUCGGAGGCUACAGGGGCUAUGGAGGCUACGCCGGGAGCUUUGGAGGACAUGGUCGUUUCUAUGGCUAAGGAAUUUUGGUUCGAGGAAGAUGAAUAAAACUGAGCA